AGUAUGAAUGGGAUGUGUGUUGGUUUCCUAGCUCAUUGAUUUCUGUUUCUAUCAAUCCCUAGUUUCUUUCGGUGCUUAAACUAUAUAGGUCCUUUAUUUUUGUUUUCCUAUUAUAACACAGAAGGAAUGAAAGUGUUUGCUUCUCCUCUGAAUUUGCUGCUGGAGCUCAAGCGAGAGUUCGCUUUCAAAGAUGCCCUCUGCAUGUGCGAGGUCACCUGAAGUUCGCUGUCCCCUGAUCCUCCUGAACAUGAGGGAGAACUGGUUGGAUCCCCCAGCUAAGUGGCAGACACUGGUUUUGGUGGCCACAGGGGGCGGCCCAUGUGACAGGCACAUGCUAAGGCCUGCCAGUGGAGGAGGUAGUACCUUUGAAGAUGCCAUUGACCACCUGGCCACAGCCAGCCAGGGGCCUGGUAGCAGGGGGUGUCACCUGAGACAAGCCGUCCUGGAUGGCCUCCAGCAACUCAGGGAUAACAUGGGCUUCAGGAGGGACCCUCUGGUCCAGCUGCCCCACCCAAUUGCCCUUAUUAGCUCCAAGUCCCUCUCCAAACCUUUGCCAAACUCCCCAGACCCACUGCUCUCCUCCUUUUCCCACCCUGAUUCCCCAUCUUCCUCAUCUCCACCAUCCACCCAGGAGGGGUCUGCCACUGCUAACAUGGCUGUAAGCUCCCCCUUGGUGCGAGAGGUAGGCUCCCCGAAAGACCCUGGAAAGUCCCUGCCACCCACACCACCAAUGGGACUGCCCCCACCCCAGGAGUCUGGCCGGGGGAACCCAUUUGUGCUGUUCUUCUGCCUGGCCCUCCUGCUGGAGCACCGCAGCCACAUCAUGCGCAAUGGGCUGGAUGACAACGAGCUGGCCAUGUGCUUUGACCGCCUCGUGGGAAAACGCCACCUGGGGCAUGUCCUGUGCUGGGCUAAGGCUCCUUUGCUGAUUACCUGCAGUCAGAGGUGUGGGACUUGGAGGAGGGGGCUGAGGCCACAGCUGCAUCUUGAUCAGGCUUUCUCCAGCCCACCAUCAGCCCCACCAGAUCUCCAUUCUUUGCCAUGAGGGCCAACACAUGAGAACCCACAUCCCUGCCUGCCAGCCCUAGACCUGCUGGAGCAUGGAGCCCUUCCUCCCCAGGUCUAAGUAUGCAGGGCCCUGCUCCAGCACUGCCCACCCACCACAUAGAGCCCUUUCUCUACAGGUCCAAGUAUGCAGGGCUCUGCUCCGGCACUG